CCCCCCCACACACUGCAGAGCCAUUUGUGAGCUGAAAUCCUGCAUAGAAGGGCCAGACCCUGGAGAGCCUCUCAGGAGUGUUGAGGAAGAUGCAAGGCAUUGUGGUAGCUCCUGUCCUGAGAGAUCUUGGAUGAACUUCCAGAUGCUCUGGUGCCCCAUGAGAGCUGCCAUGAGGUUUAUCAGCAAGGGAACAGGUAUACAGGUGUCUGGAACAGAUCUGUCCCAGUGCCAAGGGCCACGGAGCCUGGCCUCUGCAGCCCUUGUCCCCUCGUUCUCCUGGCCUAUGGACUUUUUAUUAUGCUUUUAAAGAUGUCCAGUCACUGUGGAAAGCAUAUUUCCUGUGGCUUUAAUUAGAUUAUGCUGGAAGAAACAGCAAGACAAAGGGGUUCCCAGCCUGGCCUUGGAUUUGUUUUUCACUGCUGAUUGAAACAACAGGAAAUCUGGUGUGGAGAUAGGUCAGCAGGAUGUGGCUCCUGUGACUCCUGACUCCUUGCCUGCUUCCAUGUACCCCUAGCACCUGGUGUGGUGUUACCAGUCUUGCAUGGUGACCGCUAGCAGGAGGGGCUGCCACUGCCUCAGCAAAGGAUCCCAGUGCCUGGAGGAGAUGUCAGGAUUGGGGACUGCCCAUCCAGGGAAAAAGCAGGCAGACUGCCCUGUAAGCUGUGGGAGCUGUUUCAGGAACUCAGCUGAGAAAAUAAACAGGAAAUCCUACAAGUGUCAAAUGUGGCUUUCGGUGAGGUGCCUCUUGGGUGGAAAUCCCUACACCCCCUAUCCAGGAUGGGAUGCCUGCCUUGCUGCCCAAGCAAGGGCGGGGGUAAGCCGGAGCGCCGCUCCAGUUCCCUCCCUAUCUUGGGCACGUCGCUGGACCGCACCCUCCCGGGGCAGCCCGCGCCCCUCUGAGAGCGGCCGUGUCCUCGCAAACGCCGGAGAUGAGCUGUUUACAGUCCCUUCCCGGGGCACGAAAGACCUCACGGUGGUGGCCAUCCUGCGCUGCUACCCCUUCCGGGCCGAGGAGGUGCCGGCGGCGGGGACCCCGCCUGCUCCCCGCCUCUGUGGCCCCCCAGGCGGGUCCCAACCUCCGGGCCAGCCUGUGCCUGCAGAAACUCCACGUCCAGAACCGCGCUGGAUCCCGGAGUGCCGCAGAACGGUGCUCGUCGCUCGCCCGGGGCUUGGGGACGAAGCCGCGGGGAGCCGCCCCCUCCAGGCCUCUGACCCCGGCCUCACCGACCCUGGGGACAAGGUGCUCAUGCGCUGGUGGUGGAGCUUGGCCUCAACAGGGCGGACGAGCUGCCGGAGCUCUGGCUCGGUCACCACGAGCUCGAUUCCUCGUCGGACCUGCCGGCCGGCUCCUGAGGCUGGGGCGGGGGCGCUUCUACCUCACCCCACCGGUGAGCAGCGACCCGACUGCCCCAGGUACCGGCGCUGCGGGCGGAGGGAACGCUCGGAACCCGGCCGAGUGUGGGAAGGAGCGGGAGGAGGAGCUGGGGCCGCGCUGCCUGCCCCAAAACGCUUAGGGGUUGCGGUGGGCCCGGCAGGCGUGGCUCUCAAGAUGCCCUCUAAUAAAAUCUGGAAGGAUCGUUGUUCCGUCGGCUAUGCCCCUUGUCCAUUUCGGCGAAGGACGUUGUGUGAAAGCAGCCCUUGGUGGAAGGAGUGUGGACGCCCCGCAGCUCCAGUGUGUCUUCUCGGCUUAUGAUGUUCCUAUCCUGUUGAAAUUAUACAACUUUCCUAAUUAAAAUUUCUAAUUAAUUGUUUUAAUCAGUCAUGAACAGUGUAAUUUUCCACCGUAGUCAAGCACUUAGCAAGGUUUGUCAUAAGCUGCUAUUGUAGGAACACAGGUCGGGAAAAUUACUAUAACUUUGAAGUUUUGCUAAACCAACCUUGAUAUGCUUCAUUGACUAAACAUGGAAGAGAUAUAUUGCUGAAACUGGACACACAGAAUGCAGAAUUUGUAGACUACAAGGACAUUUUGCAGAACCAAGAGAUAAAGAAAUUAACAAGGACAAUUCAGCAAUUGUCUUACCUGGGAAAAAGAUAAUAAGAUAAUAACAAGAUUAAAAAUGUUGACUAAUUAGCAUGAGAAGCAAGAAAUCUGUAACCAGUAGAAGAUAAAAUACUAAUUAAUGAAAAUAACUAUGUAUUUUAUAGCAAAUGAAUAUUAAUUUCUUUGCUAAAGUGUAUGAUUAAUGAGAAGUUUUGAA